AUGUGCCUUGUUAUGUUCCCUGUGUCCUGUUGUGUCCCUGCGUCCCCUGUGUCUCUGUGUCCCGCUGUGUCUCCCCGUGUCCCGCUGUGUCUCCCCGUGUCCCGCUGUGUCUCCCCGUGUCCCGCUGUGUCUCCCCGUGUCCCGCUGUGUCUCCUUAUGCCCCCUGUAUCUCUAUGUGCAUUGCUGUGUCUCCUUAAGUCUCCUGUCUCCCUAAGAGUGUCCGCUGUGUCUCCAUGUGUCCCACUGUGUCUCCUUAAGUCUCCCACACAUGUGUCCUGCUGUGUCUCCAGCAUGUGUCACUGUGUCUCCUUGUGUCCCCGCUGUCUCCAUGUGUCCCUGUGUCUCCUUAAGUCUCCAUGUGUCCUGCUGUGUCUCCAUGUGUGCUGUGUCUGUGUCCCUUGUGUCUCCAUGUGUCACUGUGUCUCCUUAAGUCUCCAUGUGUCCCACUGUGUCUCAUGUCCCCGCUGUGUGUCUCCCUUGAUCUCCACAUGUAUACAGUAUGCCCUGUGUCACUGCAUGUCCUCUGUAUCUCCAUGUAUCAUGCUGCUGUGUCCCGCUGUGUCUCCCUAUGUCCCCCUGUGUCCCGUUGUGUCUCCCUAUGUCCCCUGUGUCCCGCUGUAUGUCCCUGUGUUCUGCUGUGUCUCCCUGCAUCCCGCUGUGUUUCCAUGUGUCCCGCUGUGUCUCUUUGUGUCUCCAUGUGUCCCGCUGUACCUCCCUGUGAAUCCCUGCAUCUCGCUGUGUCCCUCUAUGUCCCGCUGUAUCUCCCUGUAUCUCACUGUGUCCCUCUGUGCCCUACACUGUAGUUCACUACGAACCUCCCAUGUGCCCUUGCUGUGA